AAGGCUGUCGGUUUAUAAAUGUUUCUUCCAAUCAUGUGUCAUCUCUCUCUCUCUCUCUCUCUCUCUCUCAGGUUGCAGCAACUCAAGCAACUACACAGGGCUUCGAAGUGAAAUUCUUUCAUUUUUAGAAUCAUUUACAAGGCUAAGGACAGCUAAUAGGAAGGUAUUGAUACUGUGAAAAUGGAGGAAGAUAUGAACCAAAAGCUUCUUAGAGAAGUUGAUGCUGCAGGAGAAAUCAGUGUUGUUGAUGAAGUGCCACUCAAGGACAAGGUAUGGAGCGAGAUGAAGAAGAUGUGGGUUGUAGCUGUUCCUGCUAUAUUCACCAGAGCCUCUACCUUUGGGAUCAAUGUCAUCACUCAAGCCUUUGUUGGGCACAUUGGGUCUACAGAAUUAGCUGCCUACUCUUUCACUUAUACCGUGUUUUUGUCAUUUGCAGUUGGUAUCCUGUUAGGCAUGGCUACGGCACUGCAAACUCUCUGUGGGCAAGCAUACGGUGCAAGAAAAUACCACAUGCUUGGUGUAUAUCUUCAAAGAUCAUGGAUUGUUAUGUUUUUGGCAUCAAUAAUUCUUCUUCCUAUAUUUAUAUUCGCAACCCAAAUUCUAGAGGUUUUAGGCCAAGAUGAAGAUGUUGCAAAAGUUGGAGGAGAGGUUGCUCACUGGAUAAUUGGAGCAAUGUUUGCCUUGGUGAUAUCUUAUUCAAGUCAAAUGUACUUGCAAUCACAGAACAAGAACAUGCUCAUUACUUACUUCGCAGCUUUAGCCAUUCUAAUCCACGUCCUCCUUUCAUGGCUUUUAACUGUGAAAUAUAAUUUUGGGGUUCCUGGUGCAAUGUUGUCCACAGUGUUGGCAUUUUGGAUUCCCAAUAUCGGUCAGCUUAUGUUUAUCAUGUGUGGAGGUUGCCGGGAAACAUGGAAGGGUUUCUCAUUAUUGGCUUUCCAAGAUCUAUGGGCUGUUAUGAAGCUUUCUUUAUCAUCAGGUGUAAUGUUAUGUGUGGAGGUUUGGUACAACGCAGUUUUGCUUCUUAUAGCAGGAUACCUGAAAAAAGCCGAGGUCUCCAUUGAUGCUUUAAGUAUAUGCCUUAGCAUCAAUGGGUGGGAAAUGAUGAUAGCUCUUGGAUUCAUGUCUACAGCAAGUGUUCGAGUAUCAAAUGAGCUUGGAAGAGGGAGUGCAAAGGCAGCAAAGUUCUCAAUCGUGAUGACAGGGCUCACGUCAUUUACCAUCGGAUUCGUACUUUUCUUAUUUUUCCUUACCUUCAGAGGACGUGUGGCUUACGUAUUCACCGAAAAUGAAGAGGUGGCUUUAGCAUUUGCAAACAUGUCACCUUUCUUGGCUGUCUCCGUACUAUUGAAUAGCAUUCAACCUGUGCUCUCCGGAGUUGCCAUUGGUGCUGGCUUGCAGAGCAUUGUAGCAUAUGUCAACUUGACAGCCUAUUACCUAGUAGGGAUUCCCGUUGGUGCUGUGCUUGGAUUUGUUUUUGAUAUGGAAGUCAAAGGUGUUUGGAUUGGAAUGUUGUUUGGAACAUUUGUUCAAACUGUUGUACUUAUUAUUAUGACCUGCAAAACCAAUUGGGAUGAACAGGUAAUCAUAGCUCGUAAUCGCGUUAAUAGAUGGACUGUGAAAGAUGGCAAUGAACCAGACCAUACCACAUAAGAUGUCUACCCUUGAGCUGCUAUUCUUUCCUCUAUGCAUUCAAAAAUUUAAAAUGCUAGAUGAAUCUAAUGUGAGAUUAUUUUACUUUUUAGAAUCUAGAUAUAAUAUAGUCGGUUGCUUAGAUUGGAUUAUUUUUCAUAAAGUACUAGUGUUGAAGAAAUGAGCUUACCUACUAAAUAAAUAAUGAAAUGAAUUUAAUUU